CCAAAAAAAAUCCCAUUAUGGAGGAGAUGGAUCGUUCACGUGCGUUCGCUAAAGACGUUAGGCGUGUCGUUGUCAAGAUUGGGACUGCAGUUGUUACUGGGAAAGAUGGAAGAUUAGCUCUAGGGCGCUUAGGAGCAAUCUGCGAACAGCUUGCAGAACUUAACUUGGAAGGAUUUGAAGUCAUUUUGGUGUCAUCUGGUGCGGUUGGUCUUGGUCGUCAUAAGCUUCGAUACAGACAAUUACUAAACAGCAGCUUAGCUGAUCUCUUGAAACCACAAAUGGAGUUUGAUGGGAAGGCUUGUGCUGCUGUUGGACAGAGCAGUCUUAUGGCUUACUAUGAAACAAUGUUUGACAAGUUGGAUGUGACAGUGGCUCAAGUUCUGGUGACUGAUAGCAGUUUCAGAGAUAAAGAUUUCAAGAAGCAACUUAGUGAUACCGUUAAAUCGAUGUUGAAAAUGAGGGUUAUUCCAGUUUUCAAUGAGAAUGACGCUAUAAGCACGCGUAGAGACCCCUACGAGGAUUCGACAGGAAUAUUUUGGGAUAAUGAUAGUUUAGCUGCACUACUAUCAGUAGAGCUGAAAGCUGAUCUUUUGAUUCUUUUAAGUGAUGUUGAGGGUUUAUACUCUGGACCUCCAAGUGAACCUAACUCCAAACUAAUCCACACAUUCAGUAAAGAACAACAACAAGACAUUACUUUCGGCGAAAAGUCCAGAUUAGGACGAGGAGGAAUGACUGCAAAAGUUGAUGCUGCUGUUACUGCAGCUAAUAGUGGCAUUCCUGUUAUCAUAACCAGGUACCUUGUUUCAUCAAGAUGCUCAUUUGUGGACUCCGGUCUAAGAUAUUAUGUCUCUUGCUGGAAGCUGCUGCAAGGGAAAGGUUUAGAAAGCUUCAGGCCUUGUCUUCAGAAGAUCGGAAAAAAAGUUCUAGCUGAUAUUGCAACCACUCUUAAAGCUGAGAAUGAUUUAGAUGUUGCUGCACAACAAGAACUUGGAUAUGAUUAGUCUUUGCAUAUGGCACUGAUUCUUUACAGAAGACUCUUUGAUGGUUUUCGAUUUGGAUUUGGUGCUGAGGUAGAGACAUAUUAUGUCACAUAUAUACUAAACUAAAUAAAAAUAAUACUGUUAAUGAA